AUCGAAGACAAUUCUCCAAAGAAUUCACCGUCUCUUACUUUCUUGUUACCAUUUUCUGGCGCCCUCUCUCAAUUCAAAUCAAAUAAUGGAAUGUUUCUCCUUUUGUCAUCCAAUGGAGCGUCUGUCUUUUGAGACGUCCCCUAUAAUUCAAAAUCAUUUCUUACAGGGAAAUUUCAUAUAGAGACAAAGUUAUAUUGCUAUAUAUACAUAUGCAUGUGUUUAUUUAUUUCUCCAUUCACUGCAUUCACCUCUAAAAAGCAGUGAAAGAGGAGAAGUGGCUGCCUCUCUGCUCAACAAUGGCAAUCAGCUCUUUCAUGUGUUGUUGUAUGAAUAUGCUCAGCUGUUUUUCAAAUAGCAAGGGGAGAAACAGGACACAUGCAAUGGAAAUAAUGGAGGAAAAGGAGUGGGGAAUGGUGGGGAAGAGAGGAUGCCAGUUUGUAGUUGAAGACAAGCCUUUCUUUAUUAAUGGAUUCAAUACUUACUGGUUGAUGGUUCUUUCGGCUUAUGAGCGUAAGAAGGAGGUCACUAAAGUUCUUCACCAAGCUUCUUCUGUUGGUCUAAAUGUUUGUCGAACUUGGGCUUUCUAUGAUGCUGGUUCUAGGGCUCUUCAGAUAACUCCUGGAGUUUACAAUGAAAAAGUGUUUGAGGGACUAGAUUUCGUACUGAGUGAGGCGAAGAGGUUCGGAAUCAGGCUGAUACUGUCUUUUGUUAAUAAUUGGAAUGCAUUUGGAGGCAAGGCUCAGUAUGUAAAUUGGGGGAGAGAUGCCGGCCUGAGUAUAACUUGUGACGAUGACUUCUUCUCUGAUCCAACCAUCAAGGGCUACUAUAAAGCUCAUGUUAAGGCAAUCCUUAACAGAGUCAACACAAUCACCAAUGUGAUGUAUAAAGAUGAUCCGACUAUUUUUGCAUGGGAAUUGAUUAAUGAACCUCGAUGCCCUUCUGAUCCUUCGGGUGAUAAAUUGCAGGCAUGGAUAGAAGAAAUGGCAUCAUAUGUGAAAUCCAUUGAUCCAGUUCAUUUGCUUGAGAUUGGAGAAGAGGGAUUCUAUGGUUAUUCAAACCCAGACAAGAUGCUUCUGAAUCCCAGUCGAUGUGCAGGAGAAGGAGGCACUGAUUUCAUCAGAAACCAUCAAGCUUCAGGAAUCGAUUUCGCUUCUGUUCACAUGUAUCCUGAUUCUUGGAUUAAGCAGCCAGAUUCCAAAGCACGCCUAAACUUCGGCCGGACAUGGAUGCAGAGCCACAUCGACGACGCAGAUAAUGUACUUGGAAUGCCUGUUGUGUUUGGAGAAUUUGGUGUGUCUAGGAAGCAUGAAGGGUUCAGUUUCUCCUUCCGUGAUACUUUCAUUAAUAUGGUACAUCAGACACUGUUGCGUUCGACAAAGAAAGGAGGGAGUGGAGCAGGAUCCCUCCUUUGGCAGCUAUUUACUGAAGGUACUGAGAACAUGGAUGAUGGUUAUGCUGUGAACCUUGCCAAAGCUCCAUCAGUAUCACACAUGCUUGCACUCCAGUCAAAGAGGCUAAAAAACUUGGUUACCAAGAGUUCCAGGAAAUGGUUUUGGAGUGGCAAAAAUAAAAACCUGUUGAACAAGUUUACCACCAAUCAUGAAGAGCCGCAGAAAUAAGUGCAAGAUAAAUAGAUAUAGUUUUACAGUGAAAUAUAUACUAUAUAUAUGUUGUUGGCCUUUAAGUAUUUAUUAGCUUGCUAAAGGCCACUCUAUAAAUGUAUUUAUUAAUUCUUCCCUUCUGUUUGGGAAGUAUAUAGUAUAAAAUUAGUUUAUAGAUUCAAUCUGCCAAAAUUAUUUGGUGGAACUGAGCAUCUGCACUUGUUGGAGAUGUAUAUAUACUUCAAACUCUGAAGUUUGUUAUUA